CUUAAAAAUAGAUUAAAAUAUUAAUAAUCAAGGGUGCAGAUAUUGGUAGCCACCGUGAUUACUCAAAAUUGAGUAACCACGCUAACGCGUUCCAUGAUUUUCACUUACCCAGAAUCUCUAAUUCCUUCCAUGUUGUGUUUGGCCGAUGAAUGCUUGCCCUCUUUUAAUUGCUUCUAAUAUUGGAUUUAAUUGUGAUCCAUAUAUUUGUAGAUGGCAUAUUAUUAUACUUACCUUUUUUCAUUUGUUAUGCGGUAUGAAGGAUUCGUUUCUUAGAUGGGAUUUAUUAUACUUGCCUUUCAUUCAUUUUGGCUAGAGGUAGCAAAUGGAUUGAUCCAUGGAUCAAAUGGACUGGAUCCAAUGAAUUGGAUUAGGUGUAUAUUUUUAAUGGGUUGGUGGAUUGGAUUGAGAAUUAUCACCUCUAAUUUUGGCCGAUGAAUGCUUCAUUUUGUAUUUUAUGGCUGCUAGUUUUAUUAGUAGAUGUGAUAUUAUAUAUUAUUAACUUUCCUUUCAUUUUUAAUAUGUAUCCAUUGCAUUAGGAUAAUAGCAGAUGAGUUUUCAUUAUUUUGGUGGGUUCCUUUCAUUCAUGGGUUGUCAUUAUUUUGGUGUGUUCAUUUGUGGGUUGUUUUGAACGGGGAACAAAUUUUGGUGUGUUCUUCUCAUUCGUGAGUUGUUUUUAAUGGGGAACAAAUUUUGGUGUCAUGCUUAGAUGGAUAAUGAAACACAUAGCUUGAAUGGAGAUGAUGUCCCUGUUUUUUACAAUGAGGGUAACAUUGAUGACACUGAAGAUCUCAUAUCUUUGAAUAGAAUACUAGUACUUCAAACUUGGCAAACAAUCAUGGAUUAUUGGCAACGACAAAGAAAGACUUGUGAGAUUACACUAAUAUGUUACAUUGUUCAUGCACCAUAUUUGUUAAAUUGUCUUCAACCUGCUAUUGAUGGACCACUAGGUCAACAUGAAAGUUACCGAGCAAGGAAAUGUCGAGAGUUUAUGGAUCGUCUAACCCUCCAAGAUACAUUCUGUCGUUCAACCUUGAGAAUGGGAUCACAUGCAUUUGCUGCAUUAUGUGAGAUGUUGAGGAAUACUGGGCCGUUCGUCAUCUACAAACGGAGCACUGUAGAGGAGCAAGUAGCAAAGUUUUUGCUAGGACACAUUGGUGGAAACUACACUUCCCUGUGUCUUCAUUACUAUCGUAGUAAUGAAACAGUUCAUCGUCAUUUUCACAAUGUCUUGCGAGCAGUCUUGAGCCUAGUCCCUCAACUCUUACAACAACCUGCAACCACCACUACUGUGGGAUCUAAAAUUCAUGAAAUCCUCGGUUUUAUCUUUAUUUUCAGGUAAAUAUCAUACAUACCAAUUCAUUAUAUACAUCAAUUUCAUAACUAUAGAAAAUAUUAUAAUUGUAUUAUAAUCAUACAGGAUUGCCUUGGUUCUGUUGAUGGAUCACAUUUUCAUGUUAAGGUUCCACGUGAUGACCAACCAAGAUUUCUUGGUCGGAAAGAAUGGCCUACACAAAAUGUAAUAGCUUGUUGUGACUUUGAGUUGAAAUUUACCUAUGUGUUAGCGGGUUGGGAGGAAACUGCAUAUGAUUCAAGAAUCAUAAAAAAUGCAUUUGUUUGGCCUGACGGACUUGUCAUCCCAAAAGGUGAGUGAUCAUUACAGUUCUAGCGUAUUGGGUAAUUUUAUUGGAAAACUGUUUCUCAAUAAAUCUAAUUUUGUGAUUUUUCUAUGUGCUUAGGAAAAUAUUAUUUCGGUGAUGGUGGUUUUAUGUUGAAGAGCUCAUUAUUGACUCCAUAUAGGCAUGUUCGUUACCACCUAAAGGAGUAUUCUCGAAAUGGACCUAAGAUUGCUAAAGAGUUAUUCAAUCAUCGUCAUACAUCUCUAAGGAAUGAAAUAGAACGAGCAUUUGGAGUUCUGAAGAAAAGGUUUCCGAUCAUAAAGAGUGGUGCUGAACCGCAGUUUUCAUUUCAGACAACUACGGAUAUCAUCUUAGCAUGUUGCAUUUUACACAAUUUUUUGAGAGGAGUGGAUCUGGACGAUGAACUACUUGCAGAAGUCGACAGAGAGCUUAAGAACAAAACACAGAAAAUUAUGAACGAUCCGAUGAGGAUCCUGAAGCGGGAGCAUUAUUACGAGAUAGUAUUGCCGAGCAAAUGUGGAAUGAUUAUAAUAAUCAUUUGAGAUGAACUAUUGUAUUAUUCAUUUGUAUUCUAGUGUUUUCUUUUUCAACUAUGUACAAUGAAUGUUAUAUUUGCACUUGCCAUUUUCUGUGAGCUUUGUUAUUUUGUGAAAGUGUGCCAUAAUUGCUUUGUGUAAGGUUAUAGUGUUCAGUUAGGAUGAAUUUUCAAAGGUGAUAGCAAAACAAGUAUGUUUACUUGGUCUUAUGUCUUUUUUCCUUGUAUGCCAGUCACUAACCUGAUUAUACAUUUUGUAGGUACCAAAAUGAGAGGAAAGGAAAAGGUCGUGGGAUAUGCAUCUCAGGGGGGAAGGAAAAGAGAGUAUUAUUUGGUCAAAUGAGAUGGAUGUUGAGCUCUUGGAUCUCCUACUUUCUGAGGAAAAGGGAAUAGACAGGAUGGUUAGUUUACUAUCCAUGCUUUGAACAAUGUAGUUGAAGUUUUACGAGGAAAAUUUGGUCUUCCCAUAGAUAAGACCAAUGUGAAAAGUAGGGAGCGAACCCUGAAAAAACACAUGGCGGAUGCGAAAGAAAUCUUCGACAAUAUGAGUGGCUUUGGUUGGAGCCCAAUCACCAAAAUGUUUGAGGCCGAGCCUGAAGUAUGGGAACGUUUGUGCCAGGAGAAACCUAGUGCAAGCAAAUACCGCCGCUUGCUUGUGAACAACUAUGACAAGCUUGUUGAGUUGUAUAGUGAGCAGAGAGCAAGAGGUGAUGGGGCUAUUAGUGGUUUCGAAAGGGUGCAAAUGUGGAAUGCAUCUCCACAAUUUGAUAUUGAUUUGAAUGAUGCAAAUGGUGGUGAUGAUACUCCUACUUUCCCACGGCGUCAAGGUAGUGCCUACAGUGGUGAAAGUUUGAAUGCUUUCACUCGUGAGCCGUCUCCUUCCAUCAACUCACAUGGAACUUCUUCCUCACGCGGGCUUAAAAGGAAGACUCCGAUGACCACCUUAGCUAGUCAUCAAUUUGAAGAUGUGAGUGCUUCUAUUAAGAGCAUGGUCGAGAUGUUGGAUGCAUGUAACAAGUUUGCUGAAAGAUCCUCUAAGGAGUUGAUUGGUGCUAUCGAGAGAGGUAAUUCAAUUCAAGAACAUCAACGAGAACGUAUUUAUCAUGCAAAUGAAAUUUAUGCAGAAUUGGAGAAGUUGGACUUGCCCGAAACCUUGCUCGAUCAAGCUUAUAAGUUCUUUGUGGGUAAUCGACAGCAGACAAGCAUGAUGUUUGGUUUGCCAGAACGGUCAUGCUUGCGGUUUGUGAUGAACUUGUCUAACAAACCAUCUUUCUGGAUGAAUGAUGACUAGAAUGUUUGUUAGUUAUUUUUUUGUUAUAUGUCUAAAAGCCAGUUGUUAUUAUGCUUGUAAUUUUGAAUGUGAUGGUCUUGCUGAUGAACCAUGAGCCAUGACCUAUAUACAUAUCAAAUGGUCAUUGUUUACUAUUAGAACGCAUGUUGUGGCUUUUAUGGAUGUCCUAUAUGUAAAAAUUGUGAACUUUAUAUAAGAUACUUAUAUGGUGUAAAUGGAUUUGAUCUUUAUAUUAUGAUGCGGUGGGUUGUAAAGUGGCUUUAUCUUUAUAUAUCAUGCUUAUAUUAUGUAAGAAAUUACAUAAUUCAGG